AUGUCUGAGAAAGCCGAAUUUACCAACAAACUUCCCUAUGAUGGGCGUUUGGUUGAUGGACCUGGCGGCAGCGAUGACGACAAGUCUGAGCCAUCAGCUCAAGAGAGGGCGCUGGAAGUAGACCCAACUGAAGGCGCGCCCUGGAAAUGGAGGAUCAUCGCUAUGGUAUUUGCACUCUCAUUGGCUGUUGGGAGUAGUUUCUCAGAGGCGACUUUGGGACCACUAAAAAGCACGCUUGUCAAAGAGCUUCAUAUCACUAACGCUCGAUAUGGUACAAUUUCCUCAGCUACGUCAGUCGUAAACAUGUUUCUCCCCAUUAUUGGCGGGUACCUAGUGGACUUUUAUCCUAUCGAAUACGGUAUGAUUUUCUGUGCAUUUACAGUGUUUGCCGGGGCGAUCGUCUCCGCCGUGGGAGCGCAGCACAACGCGUUUGGCCCAGUCUUAGGCGGACGUCUUCUGAUGGGAUUCGGGAGCACGGUUAUCGAGAUUAUCCCGCAGAAGAUAUACUGCCAUUGGUUCAAAGGUCGGGGGUUGGCAUUUGUCCUUGGACUCGACGUCAGUUGGGGCAAAGUUGUUGUGCUAGUUGCGAAAGCCACGGCAGUCCCGAUGAGUAAAGUUGGGGACGAGUGGGCUUGGGCCUUGUGGAUCCCGGCCGUGAUAUGUGGAGUAAAUAUUAUGCUAACGUUUGCAUACAUGCUGUGGAUACGCACGCUUCCCCAAAAGUUCCGCAUGUUGUCGGCCCAGGAAAGAGCACGGUCACAGUUGCGUCGGCCGAGUCUCAAAGCCGCACGAGAGAUUCCGUCCUUUUUCUGGUUCAUGUUUUGCACACAGAUCUGUCAAGCGGGCGUGGUAGGGGGGUUCAACGGUUUGAGCGCCGAUAUAAUCCGUGCGACCAGAGGCACCACCGCACAAGUUGCUGGGUACCAGGGCUCGGUCCAGCAGGUCAUCCCGAUCUUUCUGUCGCCGUUUUUAGGUGCAUUUUUCGAUCGAUAUGGUCGCCGCAUGUUGUUCAUCUCAAUCACAUCGUGUAUCUGGAUCAUCGUUUUCGCUGUAUUGGGAUUUUCGACGGUCAACGCCCUAUUCCCGAUGGUGUUUUCCUCGGUCGCGCUAGGCAAGUUAGAAGCCAGGAGGAAGAGGGGCACCAAUAUACUGAAACUGAGCGUAAUUCCAGCCUUCAAUGCUAUGCCAUUUGUAUGUUCCGUACCGAUACUAGUCGCCUCGCAAGAUCAAAUCGGCACGGGUUACGGGCUCUACAAGGCUUUUAACAACGCAGGAUCUGUGAUUAUCGAUGUUGCUGCUGGUGCGAUCCAGGACACGACACCAGGAGGCGGGUACAACGGCGUGAUUGCGUUUUUCAUAGCGUUGAAGGGCAUGGAGGUUUUCUGGGGAUCCAUUUACGGGGUGCUUGACCGACGUCUGUUGCGUGGGGUGCUGAGCAUGAGUGAAAAAGAGCGAGUCGAGACGGAGAAGAGGAUUGAUUUGAGUGCGGAACCUGGGCGUCGAGCUAUCAAAGCCUGGACCUAUGGUGGAUGGACGUUCCUGGGCGCUUGUAUCACAAUUGCGCUGGUUCUGUUUAUUAAAUAUUCUAUUUGA